GUUUGAUCUCAGGUUCUUAGAAUGAAUUUGACAUUUAUUUUUUGAUAAGCUUAUUUGACAUGUUUCUGAUGCCCAGUUUUAGCUCAACUGCCCUUUGAUCUGCAUCAUCCAUGUCUCAAUUCUUGGUGCCAUUUUUUUUUUUCUUUAAGAGAAACAUUGCUUCUUGCUUGUUGCCUUUGGAAAAUAACAUCAGCCAUGUUGGCACUAGGUGGGAUAUUGGACUUAAAAGGUUCUGAAAGUGUGGGCAAAUGGAUGAAAUUCUUUCUCAUCUGAGCAGUCUGCUCAAUUGGAGACGUGAGGCUUGGCUGGAGAGGGGAUGGUGAAAUAUUCAUAUCUACUAUGCUACCCCAUAAUGGGAAAGAGAAGUGAAGAAGGAGAACCCAAGGAACGUCUCUCCCUACCUCACAAGCUCUUGGAUUCCAAUGGCUAAGGUUCACCAGGCUUACUUUGAUGGAUUUUGGGUGAGGCCGGGAGGGUAGGGUAGAUAUAAGUUGUGACCGUGUGCGGAUAGUAUAAACCUUAAGGACUGUUUUCCCACAACUUGGCAUGGUGGGAAUGCUCCUUGUGCACUUUGGGACCUCUUGAUAGGCUCCUCUCUUUUUGGACAGUAAACUUAUGAUGUCUACCCUCUACAGUUUGCCUAGACUUUGACAUGGUUCUACAGAAGCGGGCAAAACAAUGGUUUUAAAAAAAGAAAAAAAGGCUACACAUGCUGCUUUUGUGCAUCAUAAAUAAAUACCUCUGUAACCCACUCUAUUUAAAUGAGAAGCCUUUCCUGAAUGCUCCACCGACCUCAUUGGAAUGAGAACCCUACUUAAACCGCCCUGUUUAUGCCCCACCGACUGUCUUGGAUUGAAAAAACCCCUUCUUAAACCUUCCAGGACACGUCUCUUCUUUUUAAUGGAAGAAAUAAUAUUAAUAAAAUGGCAGGGACAGACGACUGCUUGGAGUAUGUGUUGCAAAGCAAUAGCUCUUCACCAAAGGGGUCUUCCGACGAGGACGUUUGUCCGCCUCUUUGCCUCUUAACUAUAUAUGCCAUAGAAAUAAAAUGAAAAUAUUACAGAUAACUCAAGAUCCUAAUCCAAAGUGAGAGAAAAAUGGAAGACGGUGUUACUGAUUCUGAGAGGUUGGUGCUGCCUUCGAAGCUAAACUCAAAAGUAGGGGCUAAACAAGAAGAAGCCAAUGAUUUUGAACCUGAGAAAAAUGAAAAAGAUGAAGAAAGAGCAGGCGGACUCAUAAGCAAUCUCAUCUCCAACUUGGUCCCCAGAUCCGUGGCAGAGGCAGGUGAAGAAGACAAUGGAGGCGAUACAGAGAACAGGAACAGAAUCAGUGAGGGGAAGGAUGAAGAGAAGGAAGGUGGGUUUAUAAACCAUCUCAUUUCCAACUUGGUCUCUCCCUUGAGUCCCAGACCAAGGGAAGUUAAUGAAGGAAAAGUUGAAGUUGAAAAUGGGGAAAAAAGUAGUGAUGAUGGGGGAUGGUGGGAAAAAAAAGUAGUGAUGGAAGGCGGUGGUGGCAGUGCUGGUGGAGGAGGGCUCAUCAACAACCUCAUCUCCAAUAUUUUUAAUCAAAGUGAUGAAGAUGGAGUGCACAAAGAAGACAGUGAAGAGGAGAAAGCGCAUAUUGGGGAACAAAAUGAACAGGUGAAGGGUAAGGAGGAAGGUGGUGGAGGGGGUAUCAUUAAGAACCUGGUCUCUCACUUGCCUGCAUCUCUUUCAGAGGAUGCAGCACCGACGGCAGAUGAGGCCUCCAUUUUGAUUCACUCCAUUGUCCAUGACUGAACAGAAUGAUAUGUGUGCCUACCGAUUAAGACCUCCAUUGUUAGGACUAGAGACUUCCCCUUCCUUGUUGUAGUGAGCACCCAGGAUGUUUUCCCCCUGGCUGCUGUUGUUAGGCGCAUUAAUUUUGUGUUUUAUGUUUUGUUUCUCUCCUUUGUUCUAUAUGAUUUCUUUUUUUGUUUUUUAAUUCUAAAUACAGCAAUGAGAAAUACAAAGGGGAUGGUCCAGACCCAUUAAAAAACCCCCGCUCUGAUGGAUCUAGUAUUCAAUCUCAGCUGCAAUCACUUAUGCUACCAGGAACUACAUCAACCUCCCCGGCAGUUUGCUUGAGGAAUUCAGUGAUGGUGUAGUAGUGAAAUGACACCUAUCCCUCGUAGUCGUCAUCUUUUGGCAGCACAGAUGUGUAUGAUGUUGCAUGAAAGCAUGUAAGCGUAGUCUAAAAAUGGGAACAGCUUGAGGGUAGAUGUUGCGACAUGUCUGCAGCCACUUUUGCUCCGGAUACUUCUCUCUCAUGUUAGGGUGGCUAGGCCACAGAGUAAAUGUAUUUCAACCAAGUUACCAACCUAAUAUACCUUGCUUUCUACUGGUUUUGUUGCAA